GAGAAGCUCAAUCAGCUGGAUAACAGAUGCAUCUCAGUAUUGGCCACCACUUUAGCAGGCAUGGACAAAGACAAGAAUGUGAGCGCUCUUCAAGCUGGAUUACAACUACUGGUGGAGCAGCGUGUUCCAGGUAUUAGAGAUGUCUUUAUCCUGCAAAACCUGAUGAAGUGCAUGGGAAGAGAUGCUCCAGUCUUUCUGAAAAAGAAAUUAGAGAUGGCAGUUUUGAAAGACAUACAUCAUCUGACCUUCCCGAAUGCACAGCGCCUGUUUUUGGCUCUUGUUGCAAUGAAUUAUUGUUCCUUUCCAAUCCUGAAUGCCUGCAGUGAAAAGAUCCAAGAGAACAUCCACGAUGCCUCAAUCAGGCAGUUAACUCUCAUCCUGGAAGCUUGCUACAGUCUCCAGUACCGUAACGUCAAACUGUUCUCAGCAUUUGCAGACUAUGUUCAGUCUACUGCCUGCCUUUGGGACAAAAAACAGAUUAUCCAUUUUCUUUCUGCCUUCGAGACACUUGGCUUUCAGCCUAGUGAGCUGAUGGGGACUUUUGCUGAGAAGGUGAUAGAAGACCCUGAAUUCCUCAACUUGAAAAAUCUUCUGGUUGUUAUGCGAGUGUAUUCAAGACUCAACUAUGUUCCCAGAGACAAAAAACAUCAGUUUUUUGAGACUCUUGAGAGCUGCUUGAAUAAGUACCUCCCUCAGAUUUCCAACACCGACCUGCUGAAGGCAGCGUAUUCACUCUGCAUCUUAGGAUGUCUUCCUCGUCGUGCACUUGAUGAGCUGCUGCAGAGGGACAGCAAGGAUGAACUUCAGCUCUCAGAUGACCUGCACAAAGAGCAGAAGGCAGUGAUGCUGCGCUGUGUGAGAGCCUGCAUGGAGCUCGACAGCCCUUCCUUCACAACACCUGUAUUUGCACCCACUGAGAACUUCUCACUGGUGUCUCUUAACCUCAGGAAGGCUCGAGAGGCUCUGGUAGAACUUCUGGGAGAUGAGAGCAUGUUCCGGCAGAACGUUCAGCUGCCAUAUAAAUACCACAUUGAUUUUGAAAUCAGAAUGGAUUCAGACACAAAGAAAGUGCUUCCAGUAACAGCAGCAGAUGAUCAGCCUGACUCAAGUGUUCAAAGGUUGGCUUUUCUCUUUGUUCCUCUGUCUGCUUUCUGUGUGGGCACAACACACCCCCGGGGGAAGCUGGAAAUGAAGAAGAGGCAUCUAAAUAAACUGGGCUAUCAUGUGAUUCUGGUCCCCAACAAGAAGUUUCAGGAGAUGGAAAAGGAAGAUGCAGUUGAGUUUUUAAAAGGAAAAAUUUAUUCAGAAAAUGCUUCCCAUUUUUCUGAAGUGACUGUGCAGGAUAAUAAUUAA